CGCCACUCCAAAUCUCCAUUCAUCUACUCACCGAUACGUUCUCCACUUCUCCGUAUACACCCACACUCGCAUAUAAGAAACAAUUCUCUCUCUCUCUCUAUGACAAUUCAAAUUCACUCUACUUCACCUUCUCCCACACUUUUGUCCCUAAAACUUACUAGGUUUUCAUAUCUUCCGCCGGCGCCUACUCGCUGCUACUCUCUCCGAUCGAGUUUCCGGCGACAUUCGUCGCUCGCCGUGGUGCUUUGCUCGUCUCAGGUGCCGAGAGGCGUCGUUGAAUCUGGUGCGGAUACGCAAGCGUCUCCUUCUACUUCGCUCUCGAUGUCUCGCACAUUUCUCGAUGCGCGUUCCGGUGAAGAACUACUUUCUGAAAUUCGAAGAGAGAAGGAUGCUGGAAAGUUGCCUUCUAAUGUUGCUCUUGGAAUGGCGGAGUUGUACAAGAAUUAUAACGAGGCGGUUUUGCAAAGUGGAGAUCCCAAGGCAGCUGAUAUCGUUUUAUCUAACAUGGCUACAGUUUUGAACCGUAUCUUCAUGGUUGUGAAGGACACUUUCGUAUUCUCAGCAUAUCACAAGGCUAUUAGAGAACCUUUUGACUACUACAUGUUUGCUCAAGACUAUAUCCGGCCUCUGAUUAAUUUUAGGGAUUCGUAUGUCGGAAAUAUCUCUGUUUUUAAUGAAAUGGAAGAAAAACUUCGGCAGGGUGACAACGUAAUCUUAAUUUCCAACCAUCAAACUGAAGCAGAUCCAGCUGUAAUUGCAUUGCUUCUCGAAUCAACAAAUCCUUAUAUUGGGGAGGGCGUGACUUAUAUAGCAGGAGAUAGAGUUGUGACGGAUCCACUUUGCAAACCCUUUAGCAUGGGCAGGAAUCUCUUGUGUGUGUAUUCGAAGAAGCACAUGAAUGAUGAUCCAGAGCUUGUAGAUAUGAAAAGGAGAGCAAAUACAAGGAGUUUAAAGGAGAUGGCUAAGUUACUGAGGAGUGAAUCGGAAAUCAUAUGGAUCGCGCCAAGUGGUGGACGUGACCGUCCUGAUCCAGUCACGAAUGAAUGGUUACCAGCACCCUUUGAUGCUUCUGCAGUGGACAACAUGAGAAGGCUUAUGGAACAUGCUGGUCAUCCUGCACACAUAUAUCCAGUAGCUCUACUGUGCCAUAAUAUUAUGCCUCCUCCAGUAAAGGUUGAGAAAGAAAUUGGAGAGAGACGAAUGAUUGCUUUUCAUGGAACCGGAUUAUCAAUUGCACCCCCGAUAAAUUAUGAUAAAAUUUGUGAUGACUGUGCGAACCCUGAAGAGGCUAAAGUGGCAUAUUCACAGGCUCUGUAUGACUCUGUCAAUCAGCAAUACAAUGUUCUGAGAUCUGCUAUACAUGGGAAACACGGUCUUGAGGCAUCAACUGCUGCUAUCUCACUGUCACAACCAUGGCAAUAGUCUAUAUUGCAAGCAACUAUUCUUUACUCAUGUGUUAUAAUCAGGUUAUAAAAUCUUGACAUAAUUGUAUAGCUCUUCAUCCCAGAGAUAUAAUGAUUUCAUUGUCUAGUGCUGGGUAGAACCUCCAGUCAAGUUAUUGGAAGACCCGACUCAUUAGAAACCAAGUUGCAUGAAGAGAUGUUACUAGAUAAUCCAUGUACAGUUUUGUCUCAAUUCCUUGGUCAAUUCCAUUGGUAAGUAAUAUACAUCUUAUAUUUCAAGAACAAGGUAUCAGUGUAAUAGAAUUUACGCUAGACUAGUUUCCUAAUGUACAGUUGAUAGAUUUUUUUUUAUUAAAGUAACCAGGAGAAGAUGUGCAGAAAUCUGACUUCAUUCUGUGUUCAA